AUGACCAGGGGUGCUUGGAUGUGUCGGCAGUAUGACGACGGCUUAAAAAUCUGGUUGGCAGCACCCCGGGAGAACGAGAAACCGUUCAUCGAUUCAGAGAGGGCUCAGAAAUGGCGACUGUCUCUGGCAUCUCUCUUGUUUUUCACAGUCCUGCUCUCUGAUCACUUGUGGUUCUGCGCCGAGGCCAAGCUGACCCGGACCCGGGACAAGGAGCAGCAGCAGCAGCAGCAGCAGCAGCAGCAGCGGCAACAGCAGCAGCGACAGCGGCAGCAGCAGCAGCAGCAGCAGCGGCAGCGGCAGCAGGAGCCCUCCUGGCCCGCGCUCCUGGCGAGCAUGGGGGAGUCCUCGCCCGCCGCCCAGGCACACAGACUCCUCUCCGCCUCCUCGUCCCCCACCCUGCCCCCCUCCCCGGGAGACGGCGGUGGCGGCAAAGGCAACCGAGGCAAAAACAACCGGAGCAAGUCUCUUUUUCUAGGAAACUCUGCCAAACCCGUGUGGCGCCUGGAGACUUGUUACCCCCAGGGCGCCUCCUCGGGCCAGUGCUUCACGGUGGAGAGCGCGGACGCCGUGUGCGCCAGGAACUGGAGUCGGGGGGCGGCGGCCGGGGGGGAGGAGCAGCCGGUGAGGGGGACGCACCCAACUCCCCUCUGGAACUUGUCGGAUUUUUACCUUUCGUUUUGUAAUUCCUACACACUUUGGGAGUUGUUCUCGGGGUUGUCCAGUCCCAACACUUUGAACUGUAGUCUGGAUGUGGUGCUCAAGGAGGGCGGCGAGAUGACCACUUGCAGGCAGUGCGUCGAGGCUUACCAAGACUACGACCACCACGCUCAGGAGAAAUACGAAGAGUUUGAAAGUGUGCUCCAUAAGUAUUUACAAUCGGAGGAGUACUCGGUGAAAUCGUGUCCUGAGGACUGUAAGAUUGUCUACAAAGCCUGGCUGUGUUCCCAGUACUUUGAAGUCGCACAGUUUAACUGCAGAAAGACAAUUCCUUGCAAGCAAUACUGUUUGGAGGUUCAGACGAGGUGUCCGUUCAUAUUGCCCGACAACGAUGAAGUCAUCUACGGGGGACUCUCCAGUUUCAUCUGUACAGGGCUCUACGAAACCUUUCUAACCAAUGAUGAACCAGAAUGCUGUGAUGUCAGGAGAGAGGAGCAAUCAAACAACCCAUCCAAAGGGACGGUGGAAAAAAGUGGCUCCUGUCACAGGACGUCGCUCACAGUUUCAUCAGCAACAAGACUGUGCAACAGCAGACUCAAACUCUGUGUUCUCGUACUGAUUCUCUUACAUACAGUUCUCACGGCCUCGGCAGCACAGAACACGACGGCGCUGAGCUUCGGCGGCAUCAACACGCUGGACGAAGGCUCGACUAACGAGGACUAG